CCAGACACUAGCUGUAUUUCUCGACCUGAAGGAGGCGGCAUUCGACUCCGUUGACCGAGAAGUAUUAUGACAAUGUUCCUCACUGAAAGGCGUGCCGAGUAAGUACAUCACCUUAUUGAAGGCUCUCUACUCGAACACUUGUGGGCAUGUUAGAGCCUAUAGUGAAAUGUCAGGUGAGCUGCGCUCAUCAACUACUGUCCGUCAACGGCGCCCACUCUCUCCAUUCUUAUUCAAUUUUAUCACAGAUAUUCUUAUGGAGGUCUCCCUCUCGUCACCUGAUUACACAGACGUUGAUCGAAUCGCAGGACAAUUCUCGUUAGACCUAGAAUAUGCACAUGACAUAGUUCUGUUAGGUGAAGACGCUGACAAGAUGCAGAGUCUUCUGAACACUUUGGGUGGCAAGUUGAGAAUGUUUGGGAUGUGUUUCUCACCACCUAAAUGCAAAUUGUUGCUCCAGGACUGGUCUUCAACGGUGAUACAGCUAAUAACAGACAGUGUAGUAAUUGAGUGUGGCAACCACUUCACUUAUCUGGGAAGUGGGAUCAGCCCUGGUGCGUUGGUCAGUGGCCGAUGAAAUCUCUCCACGGAUACAAAAGGCUUGACUGGCGUUUGCCAAUUUACCCCACAGAUGACGCCGCCAUGAUAUCCCUUUGGCUAUUAAUGGUCGCGUGUACUGCACAACAGUCCUCUCUCUCUCUCUCUCUCCCUAUCCUACUGUAUGGCUGUGAAACAUGGCCAUUCAACGUGGAAGAUAUGAGAAGGCUUCAAGUGUUUGACCACCGUCGCCUUCGUAGUAUAAGCCGUAUUCCAUGGUGUCACCACGUGAGAAACCCAGAAGUCAGGUAUAGACUUUUAGGGAGUAGAGGUAAACCAGUUGACGAGGUUAUGAACCUUCGUCGACUGAGAUGGUUUGGGCACGUACUAUAUAUGCCUAGUCACCG